CUAACCCUGGAAAAUUUUCUUCAAUAUAAUUCCAAUUCCAGAUCUUUCGUUCAUUUUUUCUGUGUCACCAAACAUCGGCUUAGGCUUAUCCGGUUUAGGGUUUCUUUUGAUCUAAUCGAUCAGACUCGCACGAACCUCAAACCCUAAUAUUCGGAUCAGGUUUGAGUUCUGGUUGUUAGCCCCGUUUCAUCAGCCAAGUUUCAUGUCUGAUCCCGAUAUUCAGAUUCCUACUACCUUUGAUCCGUUUGCUGAUGCAAAUGCUGAGGACUCUGGUGCUGGGACAAAGGAGUAUGUGCAUAUUCGUAUUCAGCAGAGGAAUGGUAGGAAAAGCUUGACAACUGUCCAGGGGUUGAAGAAAGACUUCAGCUAUAACAAGAUUCUCAAGGACCUCAAGAAAGAGUUCUGCUGCAAUGGUACAGUUGUCCAGGACCCUGAAUUAGGACAGGUUAUUCAACUCCAAGGUGACCAGCGUAAGAAUGUGUCAACCUUCCUUGUCCAGGCUGGCAUUGUGAAGAAGGAGCACAUUAAAAUCCACGGUUUCUAAGCCCCAGAAACUUGACUGUCUGCACACUGCAUGCCCCUAAUGUCAGUGCAGAAAUGCUAUCAAAAACUACUUAUAUGUUGGUGCAAUUAUAUCAUGGUCAUUUCCCAGUUCGUUUGAUAUGAUGUAUGCAUUUUGUGGUACUGGUGUUCUCUAGUUCUUUGGAUUCUGUAAUGUGGAAUGAUAAUGGAAUGUUAUGCAGUUUGCUUUCCCCCGCCAA